CUUUAUCAUAUACAUUUAUAUAAUGAAAAAAAUAAAUAAUUUUGCUUCGGGCAUUUCUUCUGCUAUCAACUCACCUAUACCAACAAAUUUAGCAGGUGAAUGUAAGAAAGCAGCCAAAAUCCUUAAUAGCUUUAUAGACCCAGGACAAGGAUUAGAUAAAGUGAUUCCACAAAAUAUUUUGGAUAAAGCACAGGGCUUAGCUAUUUAUACUGUAAUUAAAGCAGGAUUCUUGUUCUCAGGUCGUGCUGGUAGUGGCAUUGUUAUUGCAAGGUUACCGGAAGGAGGAUGGUCUGCUCCAUCAGCAAUUGGAACUGGUGGUAUCGGUGCAGGAGGACAAAUUGGCGCUGAAUUAACGGAUUUUGUGCUUGUGUUAAACACUAGAGAAGCUGUUAAAACAUUUACUCAGAUAGGUAAUAUAACACUGGGUGGCAAUGUAUCAGUGGCUGCUGGUCCUAUUGGUCGAAAUGCAGAAGCAGCAGGAAGUGCGAAUGUGAAACAUAUUGCGGCUAUUUAUGCAUAUAGUAAAACAAGAGGCUUGUUUGCGGGUAUCUCACUAGAAGGUUCAGUAGUUGUAUCAAGAAGUGAUGCUAAUGAAAAGUUCUAUGGUCGACGUGUUUCUGCUAAAGAAUUAUUAAUGGGCUCCGUUCCACCUCCUCCAGAAGCAGAUGCAUUAUAUAGAGCUUUGAAUGCUAAAUUUCAUACAUUAGGGUCACAAACUUAUGGAAAUCAUUAUUCAGAAGAUGGAUCGUCAGAAAGAUCAUUUGGACGUAGCAAUAGUACUCAUUUUAAGAGUACUCAUAUUUCAGCUCCUGGUACAUUAAGACAGCCUCCACCUAUUCGACAAGGUGGUGGCUAUGGAGCGCCCAUAUCACAAUCUUCUACUUUCUCUCCUCCCUCUUACCAACCUUCUAAUACUAUGAAUAAUUACAAUAAUAUAUAUGGACAAGAUAUAAAGCCACAAACCAACUACAAUGGCAAUUACACAGCUCAGGCAGCUGCUAAACGAGCUCCUCCACCGCCACCGCCCAAUAGAAAACCUUCAAUUGUGACAAAAAGGGAACCUACAGCAAGGGCUUUAUAUGCGUUUGAAGGACAACAACCAGGAGAUUUAAGUUUUAGAGAAGGCGAUAUUAUUACAAUUAUACAGAAAUCAGAUAGUCAAGAGGAUUGGUGGACAGGAAGACUUAAUGGUAAAGAAGGAGUGUUUCCUGCAAAUUAUGUUCAAUUACAGUAGAGAUGCACAUUUUGAAUUGUUCAUACAAAAUGUCAAAUAAAUCAUAUAUUAUUGUGAUCUUAAUAAUUUAUUCAAAAAAAAAAAAAAAUAUCUUGGAAAAAAAGAUGAGUAAUGCAAAA